UCCUGGCGCGGUUUGAAAACACGGAGCGGAGGGCUGCUGAGGAGUGACGUCACAGAAGCUCCUUGCAGCGCAGUAAUGUUGUACGUUCUGGACUCAUUUUAGCUAGAGCUUCGAAGAGCUGCGCUUCCCGCUUGUACAGGUAUAAGACGUGGCCCCAGCUGUGGUCCGGUUUGAUAUAAACACGCGCGGAAAGAUUUGUACGUGAGACGGGAGGUCGCGUCAUCAUGGCGGGAGAAGGAGCUGUGCUGACCGUGCGCCUUGUUCGGUCCUUCGAGCACCGCAACUUCAGACCGCUGGUUUUCCGAGGCGUGGACCUCAACCAGACCGCGGAGCAGUUCGCCGCACACGUUAGGAGCAUGCUGCCCGCCAAACGGGAGCUUCCGCCACCAUUCAGGAGCUUCGCGUACGAUACGAUGAAGAUAAUCCACCAGGCACAUGGUGCCAAGACCAAUGAAUUAGUGAUGAGUCUGGAAGAUGAUGACAGGCUGAUUCUGAAGGAAGGUGUGAGCCUGAAGGCAGCGGGAGUUGCAAAUGAAACGGAGCUGGCAUUCUUCCGCAAAGAGGAUUAUGAAGCCUUUAAAGCAAACCCUAAAACAGUGUGGUGAGAGCUAGACUUGGACCUGCAACCUUCAAAGUUCAGCCAGAGAGAAAUUCUCAGCCCAAGUUCGAGGUCACAAAUGGCCUUGACUCUUUUGAGGUGGACUCGGGUAUCUAGUCAGGGGAUUGCUGCUUGUGGUGAUUCUUGUUUCAUACCAAACAUGAGUGAGAACCAUGUUCAAUCAUUUGAAUAUUUAUUAAAAUUCUCUGACCCUGAAAACUUUGUAGAAAGAACCCAAGGUGAGUGUGGAUAAUGACACUUCAGCACAAGCACUGAGACAAAUGUUGAAGCAUCUACCUGAAAAGUACAUGAAAUAAGGUGAUAUUUCCACCAGUCUUUUUCUAUGCACUGAACUUAUAAGAUGUCUUUGGCUUAUAGUAGCAAAUGGGAUUAUUUCACAUCUACCUGUACCUUCAGAGUGCCAUGUACAGAAUGUCAUCUUUAUGGUUUAAUAAAAUUUUCACAUGUAUCCAUUUAGCAGAUGCUUUUCUCAGAAGUGACAUGACAUAUGUCUCAGAACAAUACAAAAAAUGCAUAACAUCAACAGCAGGAGGCAUUUAAAUGCCGCAAUGUGAUAAUACAUCACGCACCACCAUAUGAACUAGUAGCUGCAUAUAGGCUUUACAUUACUAAACAACUUAUUAAA